AUGGCGGACAAAGAAGCAACAGUCUAUAUCGUCGACCUGGGGAGGUCCAUGGGGAAGCGAUACCAUGACCGAGAAGUGACGGAUCUCGAAUGGGCCAUGCAAUAUGUCUGGGACCGGAUUACUGGGACGGUGGCCACUGGACGUAAGACAGCCGGAAUUGGCGUGAUCGGGCUCCGGACCGACGACACUUCGAACGAUCUGGAGGAUGAUGCCGACUUUGCAAACAUCUCGGUGUUUUCGGGCAUCAAACAGUUCCUGAUGCCUGAUAUUCGAGAGUUGAGUGAGAAGAUCGUCCCAAGUCAAACCAACAAGGGUGACGCCAUAUCCGCCAUCGUGCUCGCGAUCCAGAUGAUCAUCAUACAUUGCAAGAAACUCAAGUACAAACGCAGAAUCGUCCUGGUCACCGACGGCAAAGGACCGAUGAAUACGGAUAGUCUCAGUGAGAUUACAAAAAAAAUCAAAGAGGACAAUAUCGAACUCAUCAUCUUGGGCCCUGACUUCGAUGAUCCGGACUACGGGGUAAAGGAAGAAGACAAAGAUCCGCAAAAGGCAGAGAAUGAAGCGAUCCUGCGAAGUCUAGCCGAAGACUGCGACGGAGCCUACGGAACGCUCGAGCAGGCCGUGGCGGAGCUGCAGAUCCCCCGAGUCAAAAGCGUCCGAGUAACAGCAACCUUCAAAGGAUUCCUGCAGCUCGGGAAUCCCGAGGAAUACGACACUGCGCUCCGCAUCCCCGUCGAGCGAUACUUCCGCACACACGCCGCAAAGCCUCCAUCGGCAAGUCAAUUCGUUCUUCGCUCCGACCUCGCCGCUUCCCAGGAACAACCCGAAUCCUCUGCCACCGCGGCCGCUGCGGCACAGGAGUCUCAGCCAAUGGAUGGAAAUUCUCUGACGAAUGUCCGGAACCUCCGAGCGUAUCAGGUAUCCGACGAGGAAGCUCCUGGUGGAAAGCGAGACGUGGAGCUAGGAGAUCUCGCCAAGGGCUAUGAAUACGGCCGAACGGCCGUGCAUAUCAGCGAGACCGACCUCAACAUCACGACCCUCGAAACAUUUGCAGCGCUGGAGCUGUUAGGCUUCAUUCAGAGCGGUCGUUAUGACCGGUACAUGCACAUGUCGACGACGAACAUCAUCAUCGCGCAGCGCGCGAACGACAAAGCCGCGCUGGCGCUGUCCUCGUUCAUCCACGCGCUGUUCGAGCUGGAAUGUUACGCCGUGGCGCGCCUGGUCGUCAAGGAGAACAAGCCGCCGAUCGUCGUCCUGCUGGCCCCGUCCAUCGAGCCCGACUACGAAUGUCUCCUGGAGGCGCAGCUGCCCUUUGCCGAGGACGUCCGGACGUAUCGCUUCCCGCCUCUCGACAAGGUCCUGACCGUGUCCGGCAAAGUGGUCACCCAGCAUCGCAAUCUACCCAACGAGGACUUGAUGGAUGCGAUGGAGAAAUACGUGCUGGGCAUGGAGCUGAACGAUACGGAUGAAAACGGAGAACCAAUCGACACACUCCCGCUCGAGGAUUCAUUCUCUCCGGUCUUACACCGCACCGACGCAGCAAUCCGUUUCCGAGCCAUCCACCCCGACAAGCCCAUCCCUCCGCCGUCAGAAACUCUAACAAGUUUCUCUCACCCGCCCCAAGACCUGAUCGAGAAAUCCCAGCCACAGCUAGAGAAACUCAUUGCCGUCGCCGACGUGAAGAAAGUCCCCCCCAAAGCCAAAGGCCGCAAACGCACCCGCGAGACCGAAAAACCGCUCUCAGGGCUGGACGUCGACGCCCUGCUCCACCAGGAGAAGCGGAGCAAGAUCUCGCCGAACAACGCGAUCCCGGAAUUCAAGCAGGCGGUGGCGCAGGCCGAGAACAUCGAGACGAUCCGGGAGGCCGUGCGGCAGAUGAGCGCGAUCCUCGAGGAUCAGAUCCGCCACAGCUUGGGGGACGCCAACUACGACCGGGUCACGGAGGGGCUGGGCACGAUGCGCGAGGAGCUGCUGGCCUACGAGGAGCCGGCGCUGUACAACGAGUUCCUGCGGCAGCUGAAGGAGAAGGUCCUGCGGGAGCGGCUGGGCGGGGACCGGCGGGAGCUGUGGUGGUUGAUCCGGAGGAGUCGGCUGGGUCUGAUUGACCGGCUGCAGUCGGAUCAGUCGGAGGUGACGGAGGAGGAGGCCAAGGCGUUUAUGUCUGCCAGUGCUGCUGCCAAUUAG